AUGGCUCCCCCCUGCUGCUUUGAAGGGGUUUUUAAGAGCUGCUUCCCACAGAAGGCUAACCCAGAAAAGUUGGAGCCCAAUGCGGUGCAGAAGCUGGCCGGAUAUUUGGGGCUCUACAAGUUCUCUGCCUACGUCAUCAUGGACGCCUCUUGGAUCUCCAAACUCUGUGAUACCAUGGUCCGCACGCCGGCGGCCUAUGGCAUGGCCUACGAGGACGUGCGGAUCGAGGCGCUCGACGGCUGCACCCUGGCGGCGUGGCAUAUCCCCGCCCAGGACAAAAGCUCGAAGAAGCUGGCGAUUGUGGGCCAUCAGUCCUGGGCUUGUGCCAACAAAUCCGGCUGCGAGACGCACCAGAGGCAUGGCUGGGUCACCGUAGAGGCCAUCGACUACGUGAAGCUUCAGAAGGUGCUGCAUGAUGCUGGCUUCCACGUCCUCGCAUACGACCUGCGCAACCACGGAGAGUCCGAGAAGAAGCUCCCCAGCGGCUUUGGAGAAAUUGAAUAUAUGGAUGCUGUUGGUGUGAUGAACUACGUGAACAGCCACCCAGUGCUGAAGACCUGCAAGGUUUGCUUGUUGCCCUUCUGCGUCUCGGGAGUGGCGUUCAUGAAGGCCAACACCCUUCACCCUGAGAAGUUCAAGAACGUGGUGGCUUGGGCAACCACGAACAUCUUCCAUGGCCCCACGAUCAUGUCCAACCGGCCGUAUAUGUUCGGCCUGGGCAACGUGAAGCUGCUGAACAAAGCUUUUGCCGAGAAGCAGGCCUCCUACGAGAAGUCGGGCCAAUUGAAGAGCCAGGACAUCAAGAUCACAGCCCAGCGGAUUUCUGCGAAGCCUUAUGCACCUGACGUCAAGGUCCCGAUCCUCUACUGCGACGUCAUGCAUGAUGUGUUGGACUACCACGAGGCCUCCUGCCCCGACAUCUUCGCGGAGUUCGGCAAAAGCCUGCCGGAGGAGCAGCGGAAGCGCAACGAGCUCCACUUCUUGGGACCCCACCGACCGAUGCCCUUCACGACGAAAGGCCGCAACCGGAGCCGUGGCAAGAACCUGCGAUUUUCGGCAGUGAACUCUUCCGGGUGUAUCCUACAAGAAGAGAUUCUGGCGGUCCCAUGUGGAGGAUUCUGGGCCUUUGACUGUGCAGAGUCGCAGGAUGAGAGCCUAAGCAGCCUAAGCGCGCUAAGUGAAGUCGGGAUGGACGAUUCGGUGACCCAAGUGUUGGACCAGGCUCGGGAAUGCGCGGUGGAGAAGGUGGUGUGCCCCAUUUGUUUCGAAGCACUCAGCGACCUCCCGAACCAGGUUGGAGCUCUCACUUUUGAAGGCAAGCGAGUCGAAAGUGCGCUCUACCACCACGACUGUGUGCACAACCAUGCUACUAACCGCCUGGUCUUCGCCUCUGAGACGGGCAAAGCAGUCAGUCCGCUCACCCGACGCCAGGUGGAUAACUUCAAGGUGAUGCCUGCCCUGACCGACUCUGAGGAGUGGGUCAGCUUCUUGGAUUGGAACCGAACGGGCCACCUGGACCUUCAGAAGGUGUGUUUCGCGGUCGCAGCUUUGCUUCCGGUGGAUGACGCGUAUGCGAGAAGGUUCGUUUUGCAGGUCAUGAACCUGCCUGAAGACUCAGAGGAGGCCCACGAAGUGAGCCAACAGGAGGUGAUCCAGACUCUGCUUCCGCAGAUCCGACGGCAGCUGCGGCGCCUGGUGAAGACGCCACGGCCGCGGCCACCCGAGAUCUGCCGCAACUCGGAGAAGGAGGAGCUCCUCGCAUGGUUCCGCUUUUGGGACUCCAAGAAGGAAGGCCGCCUCGAUACUUCCACGCUACAACUGGCGGUGGUUGCGACCUUCCACACAGCCUUGGCCAAGACGGCAGACGCGGCCACCAAGGCGGCGAUCGCACAAUCCUUCUGCACCGAGAUGGGCUUGAGGGAAUGCGACCACGUCACAGAGGAGCAGUUCAUGGAGAAAAUGGCUCCGCACCUGGUCUCGAAUUUGCCCGUGGCCAUCGAGCGAAAUACCCGCUCGAGCGGCUUUUUCGACCCCAAGUUGUCCUUAACGCUCCACUUGAGGGAUAUGAAAUCGGGCGCAGAACGUCCCUUGUACUUUGAGACUGCCGGAGAGGUGACGGUGAAGGAUCUGAAAGCUGCCACCCUGCGCCGCUUUCCGGUGCUGCUCUGCCGUCGCACAGUGAAGAUUUUCGUGAUGGGCCAGCAAUUGGAGGACGACUUCCAACCCCUCUUCCAUUUGCGUGGGAUCUACGUCACUUGGCGGAGAACUUUAUGGCAGGGCAACGUGUGGUGGAAACGGCCACAAAGCCCAAGAAGAAAUCGCCUCUGGACUUCGACGAUUUGGCGGGCUUUGACGACGCCUCGGAUUCCACCUCUGAUGAGGAUCUCAAUCGAGACCUCUAUGAGGGCAACGUGCGUUGUUUGCGGCAGAUCAGCAACGAGAGCGCCGCCUCCCGGGCCUCCCGGGGCUCGCGGCUGUCGGUGGGAAGUCGUCCCAGCCAGAAUAGCCGCAGGAGCGACUCGUCGCUGA